UUGACCCCAGUCGAGAGAAGAAUCAAUGAAAUGGCAGAUGAUAUAACUCAGAAGUUGGUCAAAAACAUUUGAGAGAGUCCCUUUUAUGCCCUACAGUUGGAUGAAUCGACCGAUAUAGCAAACCUUUCCAACCUCCUUGCCUUUGUACGGUAUGUACAUAAUGGAGAAUUACAAGAAGAUUUCCUUUUCUGUAAGCCGCUGCCGGCACAAUCAACUGCCCAAGCCAUAUUUGAUAUUUUGAAUGCGUUCAUUGUUUCAAAUGGAAUGGACUGGUCUAAAUGCGUGGGUCUGAGCACAGAUGGAGCAAGAGCCAUGGUGGGACAUCGCAACGGAGUUGUUGCGCGCGUAAAAACAGCUGCGCCGCUCAUGAGCUCUGUCCACUGCAGUUUACAUCGGGAGGCGCUAGCUACCAAAAAGAUGCCCACAGAUCUCAGAUGCAUCUUGGAUGAGGCUGUUAAAAUCGUCAAUUUCAUAAAGACUAGGCCCCUUCAGUCACGUCUGUUUCGACUACUCUGUGAAGAAAUGGGAAGUGACCAUGUUCAGCUUCUGUUACACACUGAGGUACGAUGGCUUUCACGAGGCAGGGUGCUUACUCGUCUAUUUGAAUUACGCAACGAAGCACAGAUUUUUUUAUCUGACUCAAAUUUUCCCCUUUCACACCGCCUCAGUGAUUUCGAGUGGCUUGCAAAAUUGUCCUACCUUUCUGAUAUUUUCAAUCACCUAAAUGGUGUGAACUUGAGUCUUCAGGGCAAAUCAGUGACAGCGUUUCAAGUCCAAAAUAAAAUCGAAGCCACAAUAAAGAAACUGGACAUUUGGGCCGGACGAAUUCGCAAAUCAAACUCUGAAUCGUUUGAAAAUUUGUCACAUCUUUUGACAGAAGAAGCCAUGAGCCUACCCACCUUGGUUAAAAAGCUGAUUGAGGAGCAUCUCCAAGGACUGAAGAGCCAGUUGUGUGACUACUUUCCAUCUCCAGAUGCUCAGGUUGCCUGGAUGGAAAAUCCUUUUGCAAACUUGUGUGAGGGAGCCGUCACAAGUUUAAGUGCAAAAGAGCACGACAGCCUCAUUGACAUGUCUUGUGACAGUGCUUUAAAAUUGACGUUUUCUCAAAAAACAUUGACGGAUUUCUGGAUUCAUACAUUCUCCGAGUAUCCUGAUCUUUCUGACAAAGCUCUUAAGUUUUUGAUGCCAUUUCCGACAACAUACUUAUGUGAAGCAGGAUUUUCUGCAUUGGUGGCACUCAAGACAAAAUACCGGAAUAAGCUUAACGUCGAGCCUGAUCUCCGCUUGCAACGUUCUUCCCUUCAACCCGACAUACAGCGCUUAGUAAAUGCUAAACAACACCAACCUUCGCAUUAGAUCUGAUAUUAGUGGAACUGAAGACUGUAUUCACACUAAGUGCCAAUGGCAGCAGCAUCGACAGGAGAAGUGGGUGGCAGAACUGCAGAGCGAGAGGGACCUCUUCACAUUCUCACUGUCAACGUUAAUGGACUGAAAGAAAAGAACGGGAAACCAAGAAAAAAUGGCAAAAAACUCUUAAAUGAAUCUGAAAAGAGUGAGGUUGAUGUUAUUUUCCUAGGCGAGACUCACAUUGGAGAAAAUGAUACUGUGAACGUAUAUGAGAAGGAUUGGACAAUAUUCUUCACACGCUAUCAUUUCAAGUCCAAAGGAGCUGCAAUUCUGGUGAACAAAAAAAGGGACUUCAAGCUUUUAGAGAAAGAAGUUGAUGAUAAUGGCCGUUAUGUGAUUGUGAGUUGCUAUAUAUCAGGAACAUUUUGCACUUUUGUAAGUGUGUAUCACCGCAGUGACGAAAGACGACUACUCAGGGAACUGUCUGAAAAAAUAAAGCCGCUGUACUCUGAUAUUCUAGUGGUUGGGGGGGACUUCAACACUGCACUUGAUGAAAAGAAAGACACAACGAGUAAAUCUGACAAUUGUAAUCAUAAAGACAUAAGGAUGGAGCUGCAGCCCUUCCUCGAUAAACAUGACCUUACAGAUGCCUGGAGAAUGAAGCACCCUGAGGAUCGAAAAUACACUUUGUUCAGAAAAAGGUCAAAAUUCAGGUUAGACUACGUUUUCAUUAAUUCUGACGUAUGCGACCUGGUCCAAGACUGCAAAAUCAACAAAGACAACAUAUCUGAUCAUCGGUCUGUUUCACUCUUUCUUGAUUUGAAAGAUCUUCAGAUUUUUUCUUGCACAGUGCAUGACCUGCCAAGAGAUGAAGUCCUUACAGAAUUAUGCUCUGACGUUAUUCUCUUAACAAAGGGGGAGGCUGAACAUGAAGACUAUAUUAAUAAAAUUAAAGAAGAAGAAGGAAAAACGAAUUGGAUUGUGCUCUGGUCAGAUCACAGUAACGCUGCCAUCCUGGUGACAAAGAGACGAAGGGGCAUAAACAUUUUAUUCACUGCUUAUCAUAAAAAUUACGUGAUUUUGCACUGCAAAGUCUUAGGCAUGCUUCACACCUUUGUAAGUGCAUGUCAUCCAACUGAAAAAAUAUUUCAGAUCAUGUUAAAAGAAAUAAUGCACAGUUAUUCAGGAAGGAUUGUGAUUGGUGGAGACUUCAAGACCUCCGGCCAAAAAAUUAAGGAAUUGAUGAACGCAAAUAAGUUUAACAUACUUGAGCAGGGAUCCAUGCAGUUGUCCUACUUUAUUCAUGCUCAGUUAGGAAAUUCAGAUUGUGAAUUCAAAGAGCAAAAAAUACUGGAUCAAUCAUAUUUUUUACUGAUCCUUCAUUUGCCAAAAAUGAAACCAGAGAAUUUUCAUAAUAUCACUGAGUUACUGGGAAAACUUAAAAUUCACAAUUGCUUCUCGGUUGCUACAAAUAAUAGUAAAUGAAAAAUAAUAUUAAUGAGGAAAACAUUAUAAAAGACUUCUCUGUCGGUCUUACAUACUAAAAUAAGUUUAACCAAAUUAUUCCCCGCAGACACACAAUUUCAGAUUUUUGCUACAAAAGUGCCUGUCGGAUUUCCAUAGGCUGCACCUUACAGUGGCUGCUUACAGAAAGGUGCUAAGCAGUGACUGCCUUUCAACAAUGAUGCUGCCCACAUUCUAGAAUGGCUACAUAGCCUUUGAUACAUCAUGUCCUGCCCCGAUCGUCCGCUCCUUCCGUGUGCCACGCCCCCUCGUUAACCUCGUGCGGAUUCCCCGUGUUCACCGGCUGUUUCCUGUUGCUGUCAUUAGUUCAAUGUAUUUAAGUCCGCAUUUAAGUUUGUUUCCGCAGUCCAGUCAUUCUGUCGUGCGAUAUGCGGGACGCGGAGAGGAGACAGAGGAGCGGCAGUCAGGGCAUGGGAGAGCAAGGGGUUUAAUCAAAAGGGUUGAUAGACGAAAGCAAACACGCAUUGACUUUACAAUGAACAAACUGAAAUUGAACUGAUUUGUCGCUUUGUCAUUAUAGGCUACUGUGUCUGUUAAUUUGUUGGGAUAUAAAAUUUUGAAGGAUGCAAAUAUGUAACACCUUGUUGUAAAGAUAUUUUUAUGCAUUGUGUACUAUGAGGAGCAGGGAUGCACUUUUAUACAAGCUGUGCCUGUUGUGUGUGUAUAUAACUGUACUAUCACUCUGGAGUCACCGUCUGUGAAAUAUAAAUGUAGAUGUAAGUAACCUGCUGUCCCUGGUAUUAUAACUCCUGCCUUAUUGUUUAAGAUCGCGGUUAUGGACGCUUCAUGUUUACCUGGGAUGUACAAAGUGUGUGGGGGGGGGGGGGACAAAUAUAUUCAUUCAUUUCUGUUUCUUCUCUUCACAGCAAACGCACACACACACACACACACCCUGAUCCUCACCCAACAAUCUGACUUAUUUCCUUUUGCGUUUCCUCAUUUUUCAAAUGAAUUCUAGAUUCCUAAUGCAACUAAAAUUAACAUGAAUUGAAAUGUCAAUUUCAAUGUGUUUCACAGGGGCCUGGCCAAGCAAACAGCUUAACACUGAUAGUGACAAAUUCUAAUAUUUCAUACUUGAAUGGGGUUUUGCCAUUCAAUGCACUGUGCAGGAAUUCAUCUUAAGCGCUGCAGAUUAAUAUACCUAAAUAAAUUAGCGAACAGCGCCGACUAUUGGCAGAAAAUGAAAUUAAAUAUGAAUGACUCAAAAUAUGAGUAAGUGAUAUUAUGAACAGUGCUGGAUGAAGCCAGUGUGGACCUCCAGUUCCUCCCCCGCAUUUCACCAACCAAUUUCAAUUUUUCUCUGUGCCUCUACAUGUUUCUUGACUUCCUGUGACGCUAAUGGGUCUCCAGGUCAUUUAUCCAUCAGUUCGCCAAUGACAUUGUGCUGGUUCCAAACACCAUAAUACCCAGUUAGAUGAAUACUAAAAAUAUGUGCUACAGUACACCUUAAAAGUGAUGAAAAUCCAUCCAUCCAUCCAUUUUCCAAACCGCUUAUCCUACUGGGUUGCGGGGGGUCUGGAGCCUAUUCCGGAAGCAAUGGGCACGAGGCAGGGAACAAGCCAGGAUGGGGGGCCAGCCCAUCGCAGGGCACACUCACACACCAUUCACAUGCACACCUAUGGGCAAUUUAGCAAGUCCAAUUAGCCUCAGCAUGUUUUUGGACUGUGGGGGGAAACCGGAGUACCCGGAGGAAACCCACACACAUGUAACCCAGGCGGAGACUCAAACCCGGGUCCCAGAGGUGUGAGGCAACAGUGCUAACCACUGCACCACCAUGCCGUGUUGAAAAUCCAUCUUUGUGAAAUUCUGAUUUUAUUUUUUAACCUUUAAUAUUUGCAUUUAAUUAUACCGCACAACAAAGUUUUUGUUUCUUGAACAGCAUUGGGUGUUCCUCAUAGAUGGCUGCUGAUCACUUUUGAUCACCAAAUUUGCACAUCACGUACCAUUUCAUUGAAAUUUUCAGUUUUUUUUUUUAUGUAUUUAUGUCAAAAAUUUUUGUUUCUGGAAGAGACCUAUAAACAAUGUUUUGUACAUUUUAAGAAUGGAAUCAGGCCAGGAUGGAAACUGUUCUGUGGAAGUUUGCAGCCUGGACAUUCCUGGACAGGCCGGAGGCAGCUUGACUACCUCAGCAGGCUAUAAAAGUGGCUUGCAUACACAGAAGCUGCUCAUUGGGUUAAUGUAGACCUGAUAGUGUGUAUGUAUUGUUUCAGAAUGUAGCAUUGCCUCAGUAGCAAUGUAACAAGUAAGUUAGAUACUAUAGACAUUUGUAGGAUGAUUGGUGUUAGUCGAUAUGUCUCGUUAAUGUUGUAACAGCUGCGAUACAUUCUGUUAUAUUUUUGCCGAAUAUACUCUUGUUAGACGAAAUAGGUGAAGAAACUGCAAUGCAGGGAACUAGCAGGGACAAUGAUCCAGAUUUUGAACCGUACUCCAUUUUGAACCGUCCAUUUGAACGUGUGUGGUGCUGAGUUAUCACCUGCACCAGGUUCUCAUCCCUGAGGUGGUUUGUAGUGUGGUGGGUGUGAUAACACACUAUAAUCAGUAAAUGCCCCUUACCUCCUCCUCCCUCAUCAGGUGAUCCACAUUUAUUAACACAGUCAGAAUUAAAUGAUUGUGAAUACAGGAAUGGUGUUUGCUGUCACCAAGUAUGUAAAUUUAUGCUGACUACUGUUGGACAUCGCAACCUGAUGCACCUGACACUGAAUACAAACAAAAAUCAAGAACAAAACACUUCAAAGUUUGUCGAACUUAAUAGCGUAUGAGAAUUAUAAAUGUGAUGAAAUACGUUAAUGCCAGUAAACUGUCUAGUUUGUAUGUGAUGCAGCAAAACCAAAACUAUAUUUGUGCAUACCCACCAAGUACCUGUCACAGUCAGCAAAAACCUUU